AAAGAUGAGGCAAAAAAGCACCGUUACCGGCAGAAAAUAUCCGAGUACAUGACCAGAGCUGAAGACAUUAAAAAACACAUUGAAAAAGAGAAACAAGAUGGCAAAUACCAUAAGCAAAUCAGGAUAGAGGAAAAUGCAACAGGUUUUGGCUACGAAAAGCUUUUCCAAGAGUACCUUACUGAGAUUGUUUCUGAAGUUUGGGUGGAGGACCCAUACAUUAGGCAUGUUCAUCAGUUGUAUAACUUUCUACGAUUCUGCGAGAUGCUAGUUAAGGGGCCAUGCAAAGUGAAAACAAUCCAUCUCCUCACUUCCUAUGACGAAGGUAAUGGGAGGAGUCAGCAGAUAAGUGGCUUGGAAGAAAUACAACAAUCAUUGAGGAAUUAUGGAGUAACACUGAAUAUUGCAUUUUCAUCUUCAAUACAUGAUCGAGAAAUUAGAUUCAACAAUGGGUGGAUGAUUAAGAUUGGAAGGGGUCUUGAUUAUUUUAAGAAACCACAGGGUCGUUUCAGCAUUGGAUACUGUGACUUUGACUUGCGACCUUGUCAUGAAACAACAGUGGAUGUCUUUCAUACUAAACAUACAAAGAAAAUGUGAUCAGAUACGACUGCUUUUAAUGAGUGUUUUUGUAAGCAUAAAAAUGUAAGACUGGAAGAUGCCGCUUGAGUCCAGCUGUCCACCCUCAGAAGCAACUCUUCUAAGUACUUAGUCCAGCACAGCUUUUACAAUCUAUAGGUUUAAGAAUAUUUGAGACUUUUCAGUCUGAGAAAACACAGCUGUACAAUUCCUCCACUGUACUUCUCCCAUAAUCUUAAUUAAUACAGUCCAUGUCUAAAUCUGAUCUUGAUUUCAUAACAGACCCUCAAUACUGUCUCUCAAAGGCCUCUUUACUGUAAUUUCUUUUUUUGCUAUUAAUUUUGUCCUGAGCACAUUUUGGGUUUUGUAUCUUUAAUUGACCACCUCACACACAUUUGAAGCUGGGCUGCCACAUGUCCUCUUUUAUAAGCAGUCUUAUUUAUUUCCUUUAAUUCCUGUAUUCUAGUCAUGACUACUGUUCUGCUGUGUUUUGGUCAAUCCCUUAAUACCUGAUUUCGCAGACUUUACUAGUAACCCCAAAUCUAACAUUCCGUUUUCCAAGCUCCUUGCAUACAAACAUUGUAGUGUUCAGUAUACAGACAUUUUAGGGUCAUCUUACGUGUCUCUGCAUGAUGGAUUUUGGGCUGGAAAGGACGCAAACAGCUGUAUUCUUUUCCCUGUCACUCCUGUAUGUUCUUUUAUUCUGUGAUGUGUGGUCAUAUACUUGAUUUCCAUCCUUUGCAUUAGGUGUGGAAAGGUGGUGUGAUCCUCUCCCAGUCUUUUUCCCUGACUUGCAAGUUUAAUGUCCUUCCAGCUAGUCAUGCCAGUCUGAGCUGCAGUAAGCUAUUUCCCUGCUACUGAGAUAGUCCCCUAAAAAAAUAAUAAUUGAUUUUUAAAUUCUUCCAGAAGUUGGAUACCCUGAAACUUUCUUGUUAAUAAUGAUCCUAAGGAGUACGCUAAUUGGAAAAAAGGCAAAGUCUUUUCUUGUCUUCCCUUCAUCCUCUGGAAAGCGGAAGGUAUCACCUGAGCUGCUGCUUCUUUUUCUCCUAACACAGGAGUUCUUGAUCAUUGUCAGCAAGAAUCUGGCAAAGUUGUUUAUUCUGACAUGAAGAACAGGCAGUGGCCUCUUUCGCAGGUCCCAUCAAAAUCUUUUCAGCCUCAAGACUGAUAGGUGCCUUAUGCUUUCUGCAUCUUGUAAUACAAUAUGCCUCCAUAUUUUAGUAGCAUGUUCAUUGCUAGAACUUUUUCUCUCUCCUAUGUUUCUUUUUCCUGAUGGCUGGUGUAUGCCAUUAUCCUUUUUUUUAUUAUUUGCUUUAUUCUUUUUUCACCUUCUGUCAUCUAAUGCUGCUAUUCUUUUAGUCUUGCCUCUAACACAACAAAUCUAUUCCACAGCUAUCAAGAAGAAACAGAGCUGGUCUUUGCCUUGUUCUCUGGGUCACAGUUUGCCAGUGGUCUGCCUUCUUUAUCCUUUUGCAUAGUAAUGUCUCAGCUUUUUGGUGUUACAUCAGCAAAAAGAAAAACAUUACGUGCCACAGAAGCUGUACGCUACCGGUCGGUCACCCCAAACAUUCCAUAGAAGUUCCCUGGCUUGCUGCUGCGAUACUAGG